CCCGAACGCGACUCACAGAAAACGGAAAGACGUAAACAAACAUGGCUCAGCACAUGAUCAGGAACUUUUUCUGUAUUUCAGGACGAGUUAGCAGUGUCAGUGCAAGAUGUAUAUCCACCACACCAACAGUGAAUGGAAAAUUCCAAAAAAAGUUUGAUACAUCUAUGGGAGCAUGUGGGCCAUUAGUGGAUGGGCCAGACUACACAUUUCUUGAUGGGCGACCAACUCCUCUUCGCAGUGGCCAGAGAAGGAGAGCAUUGCAGCAGAAGGAAGUCUCGGAAAAAGUUUUACAGUUGAUGAAGGAAACAAAUUUUGCAAUUGAACGGCACCAGAGACUUUUACAUGAAGAAAAUGAGAAGAAAAAUAAAAUUCUUAAUGAAAAGUUAAAGCCGAAAGGUCAUAAAUUACUGAGGAAUUAAAGCAUGUUCACUUUUGUUGUGUACUUUUUGUAGGAUAUUUUAUCUUAAGUCAGCAUUGCAAUAUAAUAAUAUGUAUAUAAAAUAAAACUUUACAUGAAA